AUGAAGCCUAAUCGUCAUUCUUUCGGCCUUGAUUUUUCAGACAAGAACGCACCAGACCAUCCCGACUACGCCAGCGUCUACACCACCCAAGCAGCUCAUCUGGAGCGCAAUUACUCCGAAAGGCAUCGUCCACAAACAUUACACGGAAGAUUGACUAGGGAUCUCUCCGCCCAGGCUGAACUUUUUCAACCAAAGUCAUUCGGCAACACAAUCCACUUGUGGUUGAUCAACGAGGGUGGCAAACAAGUAUUCUUUGGAGUUUGGAUCCUACUUCAUCUAUUAGUUGCUACAUUUGGUUUUUUAAAUUAUCAACUCCGAGGUGAUUUGACAAACGCUAGACGGAUAUUUGGAACGCCUUACGUGGUCGCCAGAACAGCUGCUCUCGUCCUCCACAUUGACGUUAUCUUCAUUCUCCUCCCCGUUUGUCGAAAUUUUAUCUCCCUUCUUCGCCGAACUCCUCUCAAUCACAUCAUCCCCUUUGAUAAAAACAUCACAUUUCACAAAGCCAUCGGCUGGUCCAUCCUCACCUGGUCUACCAUCCAUAUCAUCGCUCAUUUGAUCAACUUUACAACCUUAGCAUCCGAACUCGCAUCCGCCGAGUCCACUAAUCGGCGUUUCGUUGAGUUUCUUGCUCUGAAUUUCACCACCGGACCAGGCUUGACGGGAUGGAUCAUGACUGCGAAUUUAUUCACAAUUGCCUUUUUUUCGACCGAAAGACAACGAACACGACGGUACGACUGGUUUUGGUACACACACCAUUUGUUCUUCGUGUUCUUCGUCAACUGGCAGCUGCAUGGAAUGUUUUGUAUGAUCAAGCCUGAUCUUCCGCCUUACUGUUCUUGGGAGAAUGCUGCCGAGUUCUGGAAAUACUGGCUCAUUGGAGGUGGUGUUUGGGUUUACGAACGUAUCCUCAGGGAGUUCCGCUCGAGGCACAUCACCUACAUAUCUAAAGUGAUCCAACACCCCUCCAAUGUCAUGGAACUCCAAAUCAAGAAGGAAAAAACCUUCACACGAGCUGGUCAACACAUCUUUCUAUCUUGCCCUGCGGUGUCUUAUUUCCAAUGGCAUCCUUUUACGUUGACGAGUGCUCCAGAAGAAGACUACCUCUCAGUUCAUAUUCGUAUCGUUGGAGACUUCACUCGUGCGUUGGCCAAAUCUGUCGGAUGUGAUUUUUGUGAGGGUCCAGCAAGACAGCCCGACGGUCGACAGCCAACGUUCAAGGACAAGCUUCGAAUCAAUCCGAUUCUUCCACGGGUGAUGGUCGAUGGACCGUUUGGAAGUGCUUCCGAGGAUUUCAUGAAUUAUGAAACUGUCCUCUUGAUGGGUGCAGGCGUUGGAGUUACGCCUUUUGCUUCUAUACUCAAAUCCAUGUGGUACCGUAUGAACCGCUUUAAGUACUCCACACCCAUCCGGCUCUCGAAGGUUUACUUCAUUUGGGUCAUCCGAGACUAUAGUCAAGUCGAGUGGUUUCAUUCUCUCCUUCAGGCCAUCGAAGAACAAGACGUGCAAAGUAAAAUUGAAAUCAGCAUCUAUUUGACUGGGGAAGUUGAAGCAGACGAUAUCAACAACAUCAUGGUUCUUGACAUGGAUGGUGAGAAUGAUGCGAUUGCGUCUUUGAGGGCUCCGACACACUUUGGGAGACCAAAUUGGGGGAAAGUGUUUGAGAAUGUGGCUGUGAAGCAUCCGGAUGCGGAUGUUGGUCUUUUCUUUUGUGGACCGCAGGCGGUAUCGAAGGAGCUUCAUAGGACGAGUGUUGAGCAUUCGAAUCCUGCCGCCGGAGGUACGAGGUUCUUCUAUAAGAAAGAGAAUUUCUAA